AUGCCUAACGCCACGUCACCCAGCGAACUGUGGCAUGGUUUACAAAAACGAUUCAGCCCACUACACGAUUUAAUGAUUUUAAAAAUAAAAGGAGGGCCAGUAUCGUUCUUAAACCCCACUCCAGGCCGUUACACAUUCAGACAGUACGGGGUGGGCUAUCGGGCCAGCUACCGAGUAGCCGGUCCCAUGCUGACGGCCAUAGCGUUUGAGGAAGAUUUAUUGGAUCAACCGUUGAUGCUCACUUAUUUACAUAAAGAACCAGAGUGGCACAGAACUCACACCCACAUGAGGUCAAAGGCAUUUUAUGAGGACGAAAAUGUGAUUGAAGAUUGCGAAGAGUACAUGCCUCGGUACUGGGGCUACUUCAUUUGUAUCAGAAACGUUGACAAUUCCAAACGUCUGAGAUCAGGCGCACUUUUAUUUUACAACAACACGUUGUAUGGAGUCAGCAGCUUUGUUCUGAAGAAAGGGAACGACAGUAUACUGGUCUUCACUGAUGUAAGGCCUUAUAGCGACUUAAUAUUAGAUAUCUGCAAAAGUCCUCACUUCCGUCCUUAUUAA